AUGGAACGUGCAGCUUGGUUGGCAACCCUCUACGAGUCGGUCUCGAGCAUUCCGCCGGACAUCCAGCAGUGCCUGUUGACAAUUGCACAGUGCGGUUGUGAGUGAUCCUGCACCACUUGAGACUCGUGUCGAGCUGAUUGAGUGUCCCACAGGUGAUCCGGGCCAGGUGGAGAGAUGGUACAGCAUUGUGAGGCAUCAUUACGGCGUGCCGAGCAUGCCUGAGUUGGUUUCCCCCACAAGCCCGUCCCCGAUCGAGCGCAUGCCACCGCCGAGGCAAUUGUCCAGGCCACAAGGGACGCCUCAGCAGGCACAAGCGCACAAUGCGGCGGACACACACUCUAUAGCAGCUAGGCAUCGGGCACCGGUACAUGGCCUUGGCCUUCACACCGGGAUCUCGAGCCCGUCGACGUCUGUCCAGACGGCCCCUGUAAGCUCAACAGCUCCCGGAGCGUGGCUCGAUUAUGGUCUCUCCAGUGCUCCCCCUCCGCCAAACGCAAAGAUUCCGCUUCGUCGAGAGUGCACUGCUCGGUCGUCCGUCUGGCCGAGUAGCUCCAUGUCCAUGUUGAAGGGAGCCGGGCUAGUGCCUGCCUCCAAGACCCGGAACGCCGGUGGCUUCAACACACCCGAGAGCCCGCCUAAUCCCUUUCCCUUCGACUUUGCCACCAAUGACGGCUUCAUGCCAGUUCGUACUCGGUUCGAUGGUGGUCAACAGCCUGAGCCUGUCAGAGGCAGUCCUCCCAGCCAAGUGAGACCGGUCGCUCCGCUGGCCCCGCUUCGUGCCUCAGCAACAAACAGUCCUACCAAACCGGCUCUGAAGCGGAUAAGACCGCUCCAGCCAGUACAAGGCGAAUUCGAGCCGGAGAACGUGAGGCCAACAAAGCGAAAGGUCCAAUUCAGCGACGCCGUCGAGCACGCAUCAGCGCCCUCCUUCUCAUCAAUUCAAACACCCGAUGCUGCUCACGAUUCUUCCGAUUCCCCGCCGCAGGUGAUACGUCGGCCUCGAGCGUCUUUCGAGAAGUUGCAGGGUACCUCUUCCGAUGAAUUCUUCGAGGCGAUGCGUGACCCUUCGCACAUGAGUAUUCAGCAGAGCAUCGAAACCGAUCCCCAGCCCUACGAUGUCUCGUACGAGGCGGCCACCCAACCUCCAGUCUACCACUCUCCCUACGCUCCAGUGCUGAAAGUGGAAUGA